GAUUGACGUGGUUGGCACGACCAGGAAGCCAGGAGUGACAUCACUUUCCAGAAGUCCCCUUCAGGUUUGAUCGGCGGAGAGCCACAGCGAAGCAAAGGCAAGAAAAAAAAAGGCGUUCGCUGCUAUCUGAAAUUCAGGAGCGUUUAAGCUGACUUUUCAACCAAAAAUUUAAAAGCAUGUCUCUGUACCCAUCACUCGAGGACCUUAAGGUCGACAAGGUCAUUAAGGCCCAGGCCCAGUUCGCCCAGACUACCACACCCAUGCCAGCCAUCACUGAGGGAACCUACCAGCCCCAGGCUGCCACUGCUGGGAUGCCAGGAUCAAGCCUGUACCCAAAUCUGGAGGAACUGGGAGACUACAUGGGGCUGGCCCUCAACAGCGAUGAAGUGCAGAAGAACUUGGCCCUGGUGCCUGUUGCUGACAAUCAAGUGGCACUGCCCUCUGGCUCAGGUGUUGGAGGGAUGGUGCGGCCGGUGACCGGAGCAGACAUUGGCAUCAGGAGGGCAGAAAUCCGCCCAGGACUGCGGGAGAUCAUCCUCUGCAAAGACCAGGACAAGAAGGUUGGACUCCGGCUCAGGGCCAUCGACAAUGGAGUGUUUGUCCAGCUGGUGCAGGCUAACUCCCCCGCUGCCCUGGCUGGGCUGCGCUUUGGGGACCAGGUCUUGCAGAUCAACGGGCAGAACUCUGCUGGAUGGAGUGCGGACAAGGCCCACAAAGCUCUGAAGGCUGCGUCUGAGACCCGCAUUGAGCUGGUGGUCAGGGACAGGCCAUUUCAGCGCACCGUCACCAUGCACAAAGAUAGCUCUGGUCACGUGGGCUUCAUCUACAAGAAUGGGAAAAUCACCUCAUUGGUCAAAGAUGGCUCAGCCGCCCGCAAUGGCCUGCUGACUGAACAUUACAUCUGUGAAAUCAAUGGACAGAAUGUCAUCGGACUCAAGGACUCUCAGAUCAAAGACAUCCUGACCACCUCUCCGACAACCAUGACCAUCACCAUCAUGCCUAAGUUUGUCUACGAGCACAUGGUUAAGAGGAUGUCCUCUGGCCUGAUGCGGUCAGCCAUGGAUCACUCUGUCCCAGAGGUGUGAGGACCAGGAAGAGGACUAGAGGAUGUCAAGAUGUCUACAGUGCAGAUUCGUUCUCUCUGUUUUCCUUAUGUCUUUUUCUCUAUUUCUGUCAUCAAACCAAACCUCCUCCUACAUCACAAUCACCAACCCUGCCCUUGCUCAUCUCUAACAUAAUCUUAAGAUGCCUUUUUUUUCUAUUCUUUACCUUUUCUACAUUUCCCUCACCUGCUGACAUUAGUAUGUUUUAUAUGUUAACCUAGUACUCUGAUAUGUUUUUUUUUCUUGUUUUGUA